UUCCGUGCUGGAGGCGUCACGUCGGUGGGCGUGUUUUGAUUGGAUGCGGGGGAGCGGGGGCGUGGCCACGAGCUCCAUUCACACAAAAUGAACAGACAUACUUUCUUUCCCCCAAAAUAAAUCUCCUCAGAUCUUCAGAUCAGCAGUCAGUGCAGAGCAUAGUGAUCACUGAGCCGAGAUGAAUCCAGGAGGGCGCAGACUGAAGCAGUGGCUGAUCGAGCAGAUCAACAGUAAUAUUUACUCUGGGCUUCUGUGGGAAGAUGAGUAUCACACCAUGUUCAGAAUACCGUGGAAACACGCUGGAAAGCAGGACUACAACCAAGAGGUGGAUGCGUCCAUUUUCAAAGCUUGGGCGGUGUUUAAGGGAAAAUUUAAAGAGGGAGACAAAGCUGAACCGGCUACAUGGAAGACCCGGCUGAGAUGUGCUCUGAACAAGAGCCCCGAUUUUGAGGAGGUGACAGAACGCUCACAGCUGGACAUCUCAGAGCCCUACAAAGUGUACAGGAUUGUCCCCGAGGAGGAGCAGAAGUUGUGUAAAAGUGCCACCACUACCUUGAACAUGAGCUGCCCACCUGAAGGGUCUGAGAUGGAGUGCAGUCAAGCAAAUACAGACCUAGACAGACUCAUUAAAGAGACACCAAGCGACGAAUACAUGAGCAUUAUCAAGAGGAGCCAUUCUCCAAUAGAUGAGAACAGCAACCUGCAGUCCCCGCAGGAGUGGUGGCACCAGGGCUCGCCCAGCGCUCUCCCUAUUCUGCAAGAUCCUUCACCAAUAAAUACCUUUAAUGCAGCUUUCUCUCAGAUGAUGAUCUCUUUCUACUAUGGAGGAAAGCUAAUGACCAGCACUCUGAUCAGUCAUCCAGAAGGCUGUCGGAUCUCUCCCGGUCAGCCUCCCAUGUCCAACCCCAUGGUGUAUGGCCCAGACACCCUCCAGAACGUGCGCUUCCCACCCGUGGAGCUCAUCGAACACGAGCGGCAGCGCCACAUCACCCGCAAGCUCUUCGGCCACCUGGAGCGCGGCGUGCUGCUGCGGGCCAACCGGGAGGGCAUCUUCAUCAAGCGCCUGUGCCAGAGCAGAGUGUUCUGGAGCGGGCAGGAUGCACAGUACGGCCCUGGGCCCAGCAAGCUGGAGAGAGACGCUGUGGUGAAGAUCUUUGAUACUAGCCGCUUUCUUCAUGCCCUCCAGCUGUAUCAGGAUAAUCAGUACCCAGCUCCAGAUCCUACAGUCUCUCUGUGUUUCGGGGAGGAGUUCAAUGACUUCAGCACAGCCAAGACCAAGCUAAUUAUUGUGCAGAUCACAGCAGUGAACUGCCAGCAGCUGUUAGAAGCAGUGAUGACCAGGAGAGCUCAGUACAGCAGCGGCAACCUGGAGAUCUCUGACGAGAUAGCCAGUGACCAGAUGGCUCGCAUUUACCAGGACCUGUGCAACUACCCCUCCCAGCGGGCACCCUGCUACCGGGACAACCUGCCCAUCACUGCCUGAAGCACUGCCCUGAGAUCAGAGCACAUCCAGAGCAACUUCACAAACUGACUUAAAGUGACUUCUUUAAAAAGUAGACAGUAAAGAAGAGCAGCAGACUCGUAGAAGACUCUUUUACAUUUCUUCACAACACGUCUGUAAUCAUGGCAGCAAGAAGCAUUAGCACAACUGCAGUUAGAUAAAGCUACAUGUAGCACAGUGUUCUCUCAGGUCCUCAGAAUGGACAGCAGAUUAGAGAUGAAUCUGAAAAUGUUCUCAGGGAAACUUUUUUUUUUUUUUUCAGUUUUAAAGCUUAAAAUUUGACAAGAAUUCUUGCAAGAUGUUUGUGGAAUUGCAUAUGUGACCAAUGUAUUACGUUUAUCCUUUGUGUUUUUUUUUUUUACUUUUCUGUAUGAGAGAUUGUUUGUUGUGAGAUGAUAGGUUUUACUAUCCUGGCAUUUUUUUUAUUAUUACUCUUGAAAUAAACAUUUUUGUACAAAUA